UCUAUUUUGUUGGCCUUAUCAGUUAUCUACCAAAAAAAAAAUAUAUAUAUUUUAUUCAUUGCAAAUAAUUUUUUCUUAUUCUACUUUUUAUCCGUUAGGGUGAAGAUUAUGAAUAUGUCACAUCAAAAAAAGAAAUAGUAUUAGAAUCGUUACUGAAAUUUAAUUUAUGUUAGCUAGGUAGUUAUUAAGAAUUUAGAUGAUAUGCAUUUCCAAAUCUAUCUUUAAAUUUACCAAUUAAGUUGAAUUGUAACUCAAUGUUUCCAUAGCAAUUGUCAAUAACAUGAGUGUUGUAAUUUAGUUUUCAUUGACUUUUCAUAAAAUAUAAAAACUAUAUAGAAAGGCCUAUUCUAUAUAGAUCUUUUGGUUAAUUUAUAAUUUUGGAAAUCGAUCGUGGAAACUCAAUACCAACUUAUUCAAGUUCUUCUUUAUAUAUUUUGGUUGAAAUAAUGUGGUUUCUCAAAAAUACCUUCGGAAUUGUAACACUUCAAGUUGGUAUAAUUUCAUUUAGUUCAGUGUUUAUCACUUUGGCAGCAAGUAUUUUACUAGUUAACGCAUUGUCUCUAGAUACAGAAGAACCAAUGGCAUGGAUGAUUAUGUUUGUGUUUACAUUUACUAUGAUCAUAAUAUGGUCCAUUGCUUUCAACGGGGCUUCCAAAGAACUAAAACAUUUAAUUUCAAUGGCUACGGUAUUUUGGGCAGUUUAUUUUGUGCUAUGGAAUGUGUUAGUCAUAUGGUCAUUUAUUCAACAAAAUAAGAACAUUUGUAUCGGAGAUAGAUGUCCAAAUGCGUUAUGGCUAAUAAAUAAUUCAGGGUAUGAAUUAAAACAUAGUGCAAAUGAAAAAAAAAACUCAAGUAAUUAUAAAGGAUUAGAGUUAACAAGAGUUAAACCAUUAAUCGAACAAAUGGAAGCUAAUAACGAUACAAUUAGUACAUUCAACGAGGCACGUAUGGCACAAAUAAAUCAACGCAAUUUAAUUUUAUCCGUAAUAUUAACAAUUAUGUAUACAAUUGUAUUACUAUACUCAUGGGCGAUUUUAUUCAGUUACCGAAAAGAAAUUCUGGGCAAGAUAAAUUCACAAACACAAUGAAUGAAAGUUUUUUUAAAGCUGAUUUUUAAUAUUUAAAUAAUAUAUUUCUUCAAGUUAAUAUAUAAAUGUUUUAUAUUCUACCUAUAUCAUUGUACA